AUGUCGUCCCCAAGGUUUUCAGACGACGGCGAGUACUGUUAUAUUAUUACCAACCUCAGCCCCAAGACAGAUCGUCAAAAAUUAUGGGAAGUUUUUGGCGAUUUUGGAACUAUAAAGCAAAUUGAGCUUAAGACAGAAUUGUCAGUAGCAGCAGUAAUCUAUGCAUUUAAACCUUUGGAUCAGCUACAUACACAUUUGAUAUAUAUCAACGACCGCUUAAUACAUAUUAAGCAGAUCCCAUUAUCCGACUAUUUGUCAGAAGAAAGUACACCUGUUCCAGCAAAUAAACUUUCCUUGGGAGGUUUGGCCACACAACACGCAUUUAUUGAGGAGUGGACGACACAGGAGUUUGUCACAUUUGACAUCAACCUAAACAGGAACUAUAUCGAUAUUUUUUUUGCACAUGUGGAUGGCUAUUAUCGUUUUCGUAUUGAUUACGAUGAGAAAGAUUUUAAAAAUAUAAUUUUGUUACAACGUCACGAUAAUAUCUCGUCCGUUACGAUUAUUGGAAAGUACCCAGCUCAUUUUUGGAAAUCAAAAAUCCCCAUGCAACAAUUAGACGAUCAUUAUCAUUUGAAACACUGGGAACGGGUGGUUGAGAUACCCUUGGACGAAUUUUCUCGGGAUAUUAUGAAACAUAGAGCGACCGCUACUAGUAAGGAUCCAGUCGUUCCUGGUGGUCGUUUUCCUAACCAUACAAUCAAUAUGAGCAACUGGACCGUGUAUCGGCUCGAAUUUGACGUUCCUCUCAAAUCAGUAAGAAACAUGCCAUUAUGUCCUCAAAACAUGUCACACGAGGCCUUGGAGAAAAAAAUUACUCAAGCUACAAAUUCUCCACUUAAUGUAACAUCACCCAUAUCAUACAUUAUAUGA